AUGAAAAAGGCGUGGGUUAGUCUGCUGGUAACGGGCAGUCCAAGCGACUGGGUACAGCAUUCUGAACUGUACCAUGAUGAUGAUCUUGUUGAACAACCUGUUGGACAGGUUGAUCUCUAUCUCUCUGACUUGGUCAGUUUGGCUGGUGUACCAACAGCGUUUUGUCGCCCCUCGACUGUUGAGUUGGCUGCUGGGGUCACAAGGAAUCCCACGAUCACCAUAACGUUCGAACGACUUCGGGCUAUCUUCCGCAAAGCUCGCCAUUUACACAACCCAACCAAAUUUACAACGGAGGCUACUGAUCAAGAGCAAAAUCCGUAUGAGGAGGCCGAGAGGCGUGUGGCCGAGGAGCGCAGCGAGGCCGAGAGGCGUGUGGCCGAGGAGCGCAGCGAGGCCGAGAGGCGUGUGGCCGAGACGCGUUCUGAGGCACGCAUCGAGAUAGAACGGCGUGUGGCUGAAGCACGCAUCGAGAUGGAACGGCGUGUGGCUGAGGAGCGCAGCGAGGCCGAGAGGCGUGUGGCCGAGGCGCGUUCUGAAGCACGCAUCGAGAUCGAGCGGCUCAUGGCCGAAGGCCGAUUGGGGGCCAAGUAG